AUGUCACUCUCUAGUAUUACUGGAGUCGGCCUCUACAACUACGCGACACUCUCCAACACUGCGUCCUAUGCUGGGUCUUUUUCGUCUAGCCACUCUCGAGAUCCAUCAUACUCGAGACGUCCGUCUGUACCUAUGAACUCCUACCCUGCAUCCUUGCAUUCGAGAGCCAGGAACUCGACCGACUCGCGAGUUGACCCUUACUCGUAUCCCCGCACCAGCGAGUCUUCCCAUGCUACCAAAGCAACUUCUGUCAACGAGGAAGCCAUGCGCAUUCUACGCAGGAAGCAAAAUGAUCGUAAGAACUCGGUAGAGCUUUCAUACUCUUCAUCUGAACAGCCACGAUAUCACAGACACAGUCACCAUGCCUACCAUAGCCAUCAUCCGGACAAGCGCGACGAUCGAUACAACAGCGCAUCCGCAAAAUCUCGCAGACGCAUGAGACGUGUGGCUACUCCACCGGACCCAACUCUGUCACCUCCUCCCGAACCAUCUGCUGCGGUCGAAACGAAGCCGAGAAGAAAAAGCAAGUGGAGGUUCUGGAAUAAGCAAGAACCCGACUAUAUUGCUGAGGUUAUUGCUGCUCCCCCUAGCCCGCCAAAGCCCAGAGACGAGUUGGGUACAAAGGUCAUCACAAAACGGAGACCCAGCAUUACCGAAUGGCUUGCCGAAGACUCGAGUCCUCCUCAGUCCCCGACGACAUUGAAGCGGUUGUUCGAAGAGGAGGAAUGA